AAUAUGAGCGGUGAUAAACAGGACACAGGUGAAAACCCGCUGGAUGUUUUCACGAACAUUGAUAAGGAGCCGAAAAAACUGAGCAUCGAGAAGAUUUAUCAGAAGAAAAGCCAGCUGGAACACAUCUUGCUACGUCCGGACACCUAUAUCGGAUCGGUGGAACAUACUGAUAAAGCGCCUAUGUGGAUUUAUGAUGCGCAAGCAGAACGAAUCGUGCAGCGUGAAAUCUCGUAUGUUCCGGGACUUUACAAAAUCUUCGACGAAAUCCUGGUAAAUGCAGCGGACAACAAACAGCGGGAUCCGAAGAUGAAUUUAAUCAAGAUUAAUAUUAACAAGGAAAAGAACGAGAUCAGCAUAUAUAACAACGGCAAAGGCAUUCCAGUAGUGCUGCACAAAGUGGAGCAAGUUUACGUGCCUGAACUCAUCUUUGGCGGCCGUAAUGGAUAUGGUGCCAAGCUAUGCAAUAUAUUUAGCUCGGAAUUUACCAUCGAAACAUCCUCCAAAGAAUACGGCAAAUCAUUCAAACAGACAUGGAAAGACAACAUGACAAAAGACAAGGAUCCAUCUGUAACCAAAGCAUCUGGCGAGGAUUUCACGCGAGUCGUCUUCAAACCGGAUCUGGCGAAAUUUAGAAUGAGCGAACUGGACGACGAUAUCGUGGCGCUGAUGUCACGCCGAGCAUACGACGUAGCUGGCUCCACAAAAGGCGUCAAAGUACAAGGCUUCCGUCAGUACGUGGAUCAAUAUGCGAAGCACAAUCUGGACAGUGAUGGCGAACCCUAUAAGGUAGCCUUUGAGCAAGUGAACGAGCGUUGGGAAGUGGCUAUGACUGUUUCGGAGAAAGGCUUUCAGCAAGUUUCAUUCGCCAGUUCUAUUGCAACCACGAAGGGUGGCCGUCACGUGGACUACGUGACCGAGCAAAUUACUGGAAAACUAAUUGAUCUUAUCAAGAAGAAAGUGGGCAAAAGUGGUGGAAUCAAUGUGAAAGCGUUUCAGGUAAGCACUUGGUCAAAAAACCGUUUUCUUCUGUAA